UCUCUGCACCUCUUUCCGGGGCUCCCGUCCUCGCCACUCUCUCCCGCAGCAGAUUUAGCCACGAACCUUCCUCUCAGUGCCCCAAGGAACCCUCCUCCGCGUCCAGAUUUAACUAGAUGACUUGACUGAUCGACUUUCUCCCCCUCUGGCAAUUAUUUGUAAUCAGCGAGCAUCUGUUGCAGAGUAAACCGCAGUCGCGGGGCGAAGAGCCUGGGCUCUGGGCUCUGGACUCGUCACCCCGCUGGGGUCCGCCCUCUGGCCGGCAGCGGAGUGGCCACGCGCUCCUGCCUUCCUCGUGACCGUCCUUUCCUGUGUGAUGUAUUUUCUGAAAUCCUGAACCAUGAGUCUAGCGCUUAAUGAUCUGCUUAUUUGCUGCCGUCAACUAGAACAUGAUAGAGCUACGGAACGAAGGAAAGAAGUUGAGAAAUUUAAGCAACUGAUUCGGGAUCCUGAAACUGUUCAACAUUUAGAUCGACAUUCAGAUUCCAAACAAGGAAAAUAUUUGAAUUGGGAUGCUGUUUUUAGAUUUUUACAGAAAUAUAUUCAGAAAGAAACAGAAUGUCUAAAAACAGCAAGACCAAAUGUUUCUGCCUCAACACAAGCCACAAGGCAGAAAAAAAUGCAAGAAAUCAGUAGCUUGGUUAAAUAUUUCAUCAAAUGUGCAAAUAAAAGAGCACCCAGGCUAAAAUGUCAAGAACUCUUGAAUUAUAUCAUGGAAACAGUGAAAGAUUCAUCUAAUGGUGCCAUUUAUAGAGCCGAUUGUAGCAAUAUACUGCUUAAGGACAUUCUUUCAGUGAGAAAAUACUGGUGUGAAAUAUCUCAGCAACAGUGGCUAGAAUUGUUUUCUGUGUACUUCAAGCUAUAUCUCAAUCCUUCACAAGACAUUAACAGAGUCUUAUUGGCUAGAAUCAUUCAUGCCCUGACUAAAGGAUGCUGUUCACAAACUGAUGGAUUAAAUUCCAAAUUUUUGGAUUGUUUUUCUAAGGCUAUUCAGAAUGCAAGACAAGAACAGACCUCUGCCGGUUUAAAUCAUAUCUUAGCAGCAUUUGUUAUCUUCCUCAAGGCUUUGGCUAUUAACUUUCGAAUUAAAGUGUGUGAGUUAGGAGAUGAAAUUCUUCCUACCUUUCUUUAUAUUUGGACUCAACAUAGACUUAAUGAUUCCUUAAAAGAAGUAAUUAUUGAAAUAUUUCAACUGCAAAUUUAUAUUCAUCAUCCAAAGGGAGCCAAAACCCAAGAAAAAGGUGCUUAUGAAUCAAGAAAAUGGAAAAGUAUCUUAUACAACUUAUAUGAUCUGCUAGUUAAUGAGAUAAGUCAUAUAGGGAGCAGAGGGAAAUACUCCUCAGGAUCUCGUAACAUUGCUGUCAAAGAAAACUUGAUUGACUUGAUGGCAGAUGUUUGUCACCAGGUUUUUAAUGAAGAUACCAGAUCUUUGGAGAUUUCCCAGUCUUAUACUACCACACAAAGAGAAUAUGGUGUACCUUGCAAAAAGAGGAAAAUAGAAUUAGGCUGGGAUGUAAUAAAAGAUCAUCUCCAGAAGUCACAGAGUGAUUUUGAACUUGUGCCUUGGUUACAGAUUGUAAUACAAUUAAUAUCAAAAUAUCCUGCAUGUUUACCUAACUGUGAGCUAUCACCAUUAUUGAUGAUACUAUGUCAGCUUCUACCUCAACAGCGACGUGGGGAACGCACACCAUAUGUGUUACGAUGCCUUAUGGAAAUUGCAUUGUGUCAAGGCAAGAAAUCAAACCUAGAAAGCUCACAAAAGUCGGAGUUAUUGAAACUCUGGAUUAAAAUUUGGUCUAUUACCUUUCGCAAUAUAAGUUUUGAACAAAUACAAGCUGAAAAUUUUGGCUUACUUGGAGCCAUAAUUCAAGGGAGCUUAGUUGAGAUUGACAGAGAAUUCUGGAAGUUAUUUACUGGGUCAGCCUGCAGACCUUCAUGUCCUGUGAUAUCCUGUUUGACUUUGGCACUGACCACCUGUGUAGUUCCAGAAACAGUAAAAAUGGGAAUGGAGCAGAAUAUAUGCGAAGUAAACAGAAGUUUUUCUUUAAAGGAAUUGAUAAUUAAGUGGCUCUUACUCUAUCAGUUAGAAGAUGACUUUGAAAACAGUACAGAGCUGCCCCCAAUUCUUCACAGUAAUUUUCCUCAUCUUGCACUGGAGAAAAUUCUUGUGAGUCUCACUAUGAAAAACUCUAAAGCUGCAAUGAAUUUUUUCCAGAGUGUGCCGGAAUGUGAACAGCACCAAAAUGAGAAAGAAGAGCCUUCAUUCUCAGCAGUUGAAGAACUAUUUCUUCAGACAACUUUUGACAAGAUGGAUUUUUUAGCUGUUGUGGAAAAAUGUGCAAUAGAAAAGCACCAAUCUAGUAGAGGCUUUUCUGUCCAUCCAAAUCUCAAGGAAUCACUGGAUCGCUAUCUUCUGGGAUUGUCAAAACAGCUUCUAAAUAACUAUUCAUCUGAGACUUCAAAUACAGAAAUGCUUGUCCGGUGUUCAAGUCUUUUGGUGGGUGUUCUUGGUUGCUAUUGUCAUAUGGGUGUAAUAACUGAAGAGGAAGCAUAUAAAUCAGAAUUAUUCCAGAAAGCCAAGUCUCUAAUGCAGUGUGCUGGAGAAAGUGUUACUCUGUUUAAAAAUAAGACAAAUGAGGAAUCUAGAAUUGUUUCAUUGAGAAAUAUGAUGCAUCUAUGUACAAGUUGCUUAUGUAACUGUAAGAAGCAUAGUCCAAGUAAGAUUGCAUCUAGCUUCUUCCUACGAUUGUUAACAUCAAAGCUAAUGAAUGAUAUUGCUGAUAUUUGUAGAAGUUUAGUCUCCUUUAUAAAAAAGCCACUUGACUAUGGACAAGUCGAAUCAGUGGGAGAUGACACUGAUGAAAAUGUAAAGGAGAUGGAGAAUCAGUCAUCCAUGAGUGUGUUUAAUAGUUACCCUGCUAGUAGUGUUAGUGAUGCAAAUGAAUCUGGAGAGAGCCAGCUUACUAUUGGUGCCAUGAAUCCCUUAGCUGAGGAACAUCUGUCGAAACAAGAUCUGCUUUUUUUAGACAUGCUCAAGUUCUUGUGUGUAGGUGUAACCACAGCUCAGACCAGUCCUGUGUCAUUUAGAGCAGUUGAUAUUCGGAGGAAAUUGUUAAUGUUAAUUGAUCCUAGUAUACUAGAUCUUACCAAAUCUCUCCACCUACACAUGUAUCUAGUGCUUUUAAAGGAGCUUCCUGGAGAAGAAUAUCCUUUGCCAAUGGAAGAUGUUGUUGAACUUCUGAAACCACUAUCCAAAUUGUGUUCUUUAUAUCGCCGUGACCAAGAGGUUUGUAAAACAAUUUUAAACCACAUCGUUCAUAUAGUGGGGAACCUGUGUCAGGGCAGUAUGGAUUCUGAGAACACAAAGGAUGCUCAAGGACAGUUUCUAACAGUUAUUGAAGCGUUUUGGCAAUUAAUCAAGGACAGGAAAUGCAUAUUCUCUGUAAGAAUGGCACUAGUCAAAUGCCUGAAAACUUUGCUUGAGGCUGAUCCUUAUUCAGAAUGGGCUAUUCUUAAUUCAGCGGGAAAAACCUUUUCUGUAAAUGAAGUAUUUCCACAAUUUCUUGCUGAUAAUGACCACCAAGUUCGCAUGUUGGCUGCAGAAUCAAUCAAUAGGUUAUUUCAGGAUAUGAAACAAGCAGGUUCUUCCACGUUAUUGAAAGCACUUCCUUUGAAGCUUCAGCAAACAGCUUUUGAAAAUGCGUACCUGAAAGCUCAGGAAGGAAUGAGAGCAGUGUCCCACAGUGCUGAGAACCCUGAACUUAUGGAUGAGAUUUACAAUAGAAAAGCUGUUUUACUGAUGACGAUGGCUGUGGUUUUAUACUGUAGUCCUGUCUGUGAAAAACAAGCUUUGUUUGCCCUAUGCAAGUCUGUAAAAGAUAAUGGAUUAGAACCUCACCUCAUUAAAAAGGUUUUAGAAAAAGUUUCUGAAACUUUUGGAUAUAGACAUUUAGAAGACUUCAUGGCUUCUCACUUGGAUUAUCUGGUUUUGGAAUGGCUAAAUCUUCAAGAUACUGAACACAGCUUAUCUGCUUUCCCUUUUAUUUUGUUAAACUACACAAACAUUGGGGAUUUCUAUAGAUCUUGUUAUAAAGUUUUAAUUCCACACCUGGUGAUCAGAAGUGAUUUUGAUGAGGUGAAAUCCAUUGCUAAUCACAUUCAGAAGGAUUGGAAGUGUCUUCUAAUAGACUGUUUUCCAAAGAUUCUUGUUAAUAUUCUUCCUUACUUUGCCUAUGAGAGUAUAGGAGACACUGGGAUGGCACAGCAAAGAGAGACUGCUACCAAAGUUUAUGAUAUGCUUAAAGAUGAAAACUUACUAGGAAAACAGAUUGACCAUUUAUUCAUUACUAAUUUACCAGAGAUUGUGGUAGAGUUACUGAUGACGUUACAUGAACCUGGGACUGCUGGUGCCAACCAAAGCACUGACCUCUGUGACUUUUCAGGGGAUUUGGAUCCUGCUCCUAAUCCACCUCAUUUUCCAUCGCAUGUGAUUAAAGCAACAUUUGCCUAUAUCAGCAGUUGCCAUAAAACCAAGUUUAAAAGCAUUUUAGAAAUUCUUUCCAAAAGCCCUGAUUCUUAUCAGAAAAUUCUUUUAGCCAUAUGUGAACAAGCCACAGAGACAAAUAAUGUUUAUAAAAAGCACAGAAUUCUUAAAAUAUAUCACCUGUUUGUUAAUUUAUUACUGAAAGAUAUAAAAACUGGCUUAGGAGGAGCUUGGGCCUUUGUUCUUCGAGAUGUUAUUUAUACUUUGAUUCAUUAUAUCAACAAAAGGCCUUCUCGUUUUAUGGAUGUGUCAUUGCGUAGCUUCUCCCUUUGUUGUGAUCUGUUAAGCCACAUUUGCCGCACCGCAGUGACUUGCUGUAAGGAUGCUUUAGAAAAUCAUCUUCAUGUUAUUGUUGGUACACUAAUACCCCUUGUGGAUAGUCAGAUGGAAAUUCAGGAGCAGGUAUUGGACUUGUUGAAAUACUUAGUGAUAGAUAACAAGGACAAUGAAAACCUCUAUAUGAUGAUUAAACUUUUAGAUCCUUUUCCCGACCAUGUUGUCUUUAAGGAUUUGCGUAUUACUCAACAGAAAAUCAAGUACAGUAGAGGACCCUUUUCACUCUUGGAGGAAAUUAAUCAUUUUCUCUCAGUAAGUGUUUAUGAUGCACUUCCAUUGACAAGGCUUGAAGGAUUGAAGGAUCUUCGAAGACAGCUAGAACAACAUAAAGAUCAGAUGGUGGAGCUCAUGAGAGCCUCUCAAGGUAACCCACAAGAUGGCAUAAUGGUGAAGCUGGUUGUCAGCUUGUUACAGUUAUCUAAGAUGGCGUUAAAUCACACUGGUGAAAGAGAAGUAUUAGAGGCUGUUGGGAGCUGCUUGGGAGAAGUUGGUCCUGUAGAUUUUUCUACGAUAGCUAUACAACAUAGUAAAGAUACAUCUUCUAUUAAGGCCCUUGAGUUAUUUGAAGAUAAAGAACUUCAGUGGACCCUCGUAAUGCUGACCUACCUGAAUAACACAUUGGUAGAAGAUUGUGUCAAAGUGCGAUCAGCUACUGUUACCUGCUUGAAAAAUAUUUUAGCCACAAAGACUGGCCAUAGUUUCUGGGAGAUUUACAAGACGACUACUGAUCCCAUGCUGAUCUAUCUACACCCUUUUAGAACAUCGAGGAAAAAGUUUUUAGAGGUACCCAGACUUGACAGAGAAAGCCCUUUAGCGGGUUUGGAUGAUACAAGCCUGUGGAUUCCUCAAAAUGAAAGCCAUGAUGUUUGGAUAAAGUCACUGACUUGUGCGUUUUUGGAUAGUGGAAGCAUAAAAAGUGAAAUUCUUCAGUUACUAAAGCCCCUGUGUGAGGUGAAAGCUGACUUUUGUCAGACCGUGCUUCCAUACCUGAUUCAUGAUGUUUUACUUCAAGAUGCAAAUGAAUCAUGGAGAAAUCUGCUUUCUAUGCACAUUCAGGGAUUUUUCACUAACUGUUUCAGAUACUCCUCACAAACGAACCGAUCCAUGACCCCUGCAAGUUUGGAUUCAGAGCCAGAGCACUUUUCCCGAUGUUGCUUGGAUAAAAGAUCACAAAGAACAAUGCUUGCUGUUGUGGACUACCUGAGGAGACAAAAGAGAUCUUCCUCAGGAACAGUGUUUGAUGAUGCUUUCUGGCUGGAGUUGAAUUAUCUAGAAGUUGCCAAGGUAGCCCAGUCUUGUGCUGCUCACUUUACAGCAUUACUCUAUGCAGAAAUCUAUGCAGAUAAGAAAAACAUGGAGGAUCAAGAGAAAAGAAAUCUCGUAUUUGAAGAGGGAAGCCAAAGCACAACCAUUUCUAGCUUGAGUGAAAAAAGUAAAGAAGAAACUGGAAUAAGUUUACAGGAUCUGCUCUUAGAAAUCUACAGAAGCAUAGGGGAGCCAGACAGUCUGUAUGGCUGUGGCGGAGGGAAAAUGCUACAACCCCUUACUAGACUACGAACAUAUGAACAUGAAGCAAUGUGGGAGAAAGCCCUAGUGACAUAUGACCUUGAGACAGCAAUCUCUUCGCCAACCCGCCAGGCGGGGAUCAUUCAGGCCUUGCAGAAUUUGGGACUCUGUCAUAUUCUUUCUGUCUACUUAAAAGGAUUAGAUGAUGAAAAUAAAGAGUGGUGUGCUGAACUACAGGAACUUCAUUACCAAGCAGCAUGGAGGAAUAUGCAGUGGGACCACUGCAUUUCUGUUAACAAAGGAAUAGAAGGAACCAGUUACCACGAAUCAUUGUACAAUGCUUUGCAGUCUCUGAGAGAUAGAGAAUUCUCCACAUUUUAUGAAAGUCUCAAAUAUGCCAGAGUAAAAGAAGUGGAAGAAUUGUGUAAGGGCAGCCUGGAGUCUGUGUAUUCACUCUACCCCACACUUAGCAGAUUGCAGGCCAUUGGAGAGCUCGAAAGCAUUGGGGAGCUUUUCUCAAGAUCAGUCGUGGAAAGGCAACCCUCUGAAGUAUACAUUAAGUGGCGGAAGCACUCGCAGCUUCUCAAAGACAGUGAUUUUAGUUUUCAGGAGCCUAUCAUGGCUCUGCGCACAGUCAUCCUGGAGCUCUUGAUGGAAAAAGAAAUGGAGAACUCCCAAAGAGAGUGUUUUAAGGACAUUCUCACCAAGCACCUUGUGGAACUCUCCAUACUAGCCCGAACUUUCAAGAACACCCAGCUCCCUGAAAGGGCAAUAUUCCAAAUUAAACAAUAUAAUUCAACUAGUUGUGGAGUUUCUGGGUGGCAGUUGGAGGAAGCGCAAGUAUUCUGGGCAAAGCAGGAGCAGAGCCUUGCCCUGAGUAUUCUCAAGCAAAUGAUCAAGAAGUUGGAUGCCAGUUGUUCCGAGGAUGAUCCCAACCAAAAACUUAUAUACACAGAAUGUCUGAGGGUUUGUGGCAACUGGUUAGCAGAAACUUGCUUAGAAAAUCCUGCAGUCAUCAUGCAGACCUAUCUAGAAAAGGCAGUAGAAGUUGCUGGAAAUUAUGAUGGAGAAAGCAGUGAUGAGCUCAGAAAUGGACAAAUGAAGGCAUUUCUCUCAUUAGCACGGUUCUCAGAUACUCAGUACCAGAGGAUUGAAAACUACAUGAAAUCAUCAGAAUUUGAAAACAAACAAGCUCUCCUGAAAAGGGCUAAAGAGGAAGUGGGCCUUCUUAGGGAACAUAAUAUUCAGAGCAAUAACAGAUACACAAUAAAGGUUCAGCGAGAGCUGGAGCUGGAUGAAUGUGCCCUCCGUGCUCUGAAAGUGGAUCGGAAGCGUUUCUUAUGUAAAGCUGUUGAAAAUUACAUCAGUUGCCUGUUAAGUGGAGAAGGGCAUGAUAUGUGGAUAUUUCGUCUUUGUUCCCUCUGGCUUGAAAAUUCUGGAGUUUCUGAAGUCAGUGGCAUGAUGAAGAGAUAUGGAAUGAAGAUUCCAUCAUAUAAGUUUUUGCCUCUUAUGUACCAACUGGCUGCUAGAAUGGGGACCAAGAUGACGGGAGGCCUAGGAUUUCAUGAAAUCCUCAAUAAUCUCAUCUCUAGAAUUUCAAUGGAUCACCCCCAUCAUACUUUGUUUAUUAUAUUGGCCUUAGCAAAUGCGAACAAAGAUGAAUCUUUGACAAAAUCAGAGGCAGCAAGAAGGAGUAGAAUAACUAAAAAUGCACCUAAACAGAGCUCUCAGCUUGAUGAGGAUCGAACUGAGGCUGCAACCAAAAUUAUAAGUGCUAUCAGAAGUAGGAGGCCCCAGAUGGUCAGGAAUGUUGAGACACUUUGUGAUGCUUAUAUUAUAUUAGCAAACUUUGAUGCCACUCAGUGGAAGACUCAGAGAAAAGGCAUAAAAAUUCCAGCAGACCAGCCAAUUACUAAACUUAAGGACUUAGAAGAUGUUGUUGUUCCUACUAUGGAAAUUAAGGUGGACCCCACAGGAGAAUAUAGAAACCUGGUGACUAUACAGUCAUUCAAAGCAGAAUUUCGUUUAGCAGGAGGUGUAAAUUUACCAAAAAUAAUAGAUUGUGUGGGCUCUGAUGGCAAGGAAAGGAGACAGCUUGUCAAGGGCCGUGAUGACCUGAGACAAGAUGCUGUCAUGCAGCAGGUUUUCCAGAUGUGUAAUACAUUGCUGCAGAGAAACACUGAGACCAGGAAGAGGAAGUUGACUAUCUGCACAUACAAGGUGGUUCCCCUUUCUCAGCGAAGUGGUGUUCUUGAAUGGUGCACAGGAACUGUCCCUAUUGGUGAAUUUCUUGUUAACAAUGAGAAUGGUGCUCAUAAAAGAUACAGGCCAAAGGAUAUCAGUGCCUAUCAAUGCCAGAAGAAAAUGAUGGAUGCGCAAAAGAAGUCUUAUGAAGAGAAAUAUGAAACAUUCAUGGAUAUUUGUAAUAAUUUUCAACCAGUGUUCCGUUAUUUCUGCAUGGAAAAAUUCUUGGACCCAGCUGUUUGGUUUGAGAAACGAUUGGCCUAUACUCGCAGUGUGGCUACUUCUUCUAUUGUUGGUUACAUACUUGGACUUGGUGAUAGACAUGUACAGAAUAUCUUGAUAAAUGAGCAAUCAGCAGAACUUGUACAUAUAGAUUUAGGGGUUGCUUUUGAACAGGGUAAAAUCCUUCCUACUCCUGAAACAGUGCCUUUUAGACUCACCAGAGAUAUUGUGGAUGGGAUGGGCAUUACUGGUGUUGAAGGUGUCUUCAGAAGAUGCUGUGAGAAAACCAUGGAGGUGAUGAGAAACUCUAAGGAAACGCUGUUAACCAUAGUGGAGGUCCUCCUGUACGAUCCUCUCUUUGACUGGACCAUGAAUCCUCUGAAAGCUCUGUAUUUACAGCAGAGGCUGGAAGAUGAAACUGAGCUUCACCCCACGCCCAAUGCAGAUGACCGAGAGUGCAAACGAAACCUCAGUGAAAUUGACCAGAGUUUCAACAAAGUAGCUGAGCGUGUCUUGAUGAGACUACAAGAGAAACUAAAAGGAGUGGAGGAAGGAACUGUGCUCAGUGUGGAUGGACAAGUGAAUUUGCUCAUACAACAGGCCAUGGACCCCAAAAACCUCAGCCGACUUUUCCCAGGAUGGAAAGCUUGGGUGUGAUAUUUGGCAUAUGAAAUUCCCUUGGAUUCAAACUUCAGAGGUUAUAUGUUGGCCUUUAUUUUUGACCCACCUGUCAAAAAUACAUAUGGUAUAUGUAUAUAAUACCAUAUAUACUUUGAAUAUAUGGUAUUAAUAUUAGCUAAGCGAACUACUUACUGUGUUGUUUAAAAAGUGUUUCAUACUCGCUUCAAUCACCUAAAGUUGCUUUGAGGUCUCAAGGGACAUCUCUACUUGACACUUUAGAAAUAAUUAUCAUUCAUGCUCUACUUCUAGGCUAAGCAUUUAUUUUUUUCUCCUCAAGUUCAUGCCUGUAUCAUUUCCGGUAGAGUCACUGACUUAUUUAUGCUUUAGCUGAAAAUGGAAGCAGAGGAAUGCCAGAAUAUCACUGACAGUUUCUCCUGCCUUAUAUAUUAGAACCACUGGUUUUAAUUAACAUUUGUUUCCCAGAUAUUACAUAUGAAUGAAAAUUAUUUUAUAUUAACAUAUAAAAGGAAGAAAAAAAUUCAAAAUUGUAACCAUCAGGGUAAAAACAACCUUAAAAAUAAGAAACAGUGUUGGAAACAGUAGCAUUUAAUAGGUUUGGGUUUUUAGUAGCAAGAUCACUCAAUGUUACUGAAUAAAAAAAGUUGUAUGGAGAAAAAACUUCAAGUAUGAUUACUAUUAUAAAAAGAUGUAUACUGAACCUCCUCAUUCUGUCCUUUACCUGUUAAGCCCAUCUGUGUUUUCCAUUACUUUAUCUUUCUGUGAUGCCUUCAUCUCUGCCUUCUAGUCCAUGAAUUAUCUUGUCAGCUAGCUGUAUAAUCUCCUUUUAAAAUUAUUCAUUAGGUUUCUUCUUUCAAAACUUGCUUUUAAUUUCUAGCUGUGCAUCAGUCUUCAGAUCUGCCUGUUGUUUCAUGAUGUCCUUUUAAAAAAACUUUUCAGUUCCUUUUGUGUCACUAAUCGCUUUAAUUAAACAUCCCUGUUUUAUAGGCUAAUAGCUCUAUUAAAUCAAGUUCCUGUUGUUUGUGUGUGUUGGUCCUUAUAUAUAUUUGUAGACUGUUUACCCGUGUAUUUUGUAAGUUUGAAAAGUGAGCUUAUUUUCAGCAAGGCUUUCUCUGGGGGGAUCUUGCGUGGCCUGCGUUAAGAAUAAUUCCUUCGAGAUAAAUUGUGUCUUAUGUCACAUUCCCAGGGCUGUUCCUGACUAAGAACCACUGGCUGUUAAUUUCUUGGCUUCGGAGUUUGCAGACCUCAGAGUGUAAAUACUGAGGAGACUCCCAGGCCAAGGCUGACCCUUCCUCAGUGUCCUCCUGUGCUGGUGGGCAGAAUGUUUCCUGGCCCCCCUCCCCCGAGGCUGCCCUCCUCAUGUGUCCCAGCUUCAUGUUGGGCUGCAGGGGAGGUGUUUUACUCCUACCCGCUGCCUUCUGCAAGUCCAAGGUUUCACCAUUUCCCUUAUAGACAGGUGUUAAAGCAGAAACCCAUAGGUUAGUGGGGUUGGCAGUGGAAACCACCUAGAAAAGCUACUAGAAAAGCUAAUAAAUUGAGACUAAACAGUUUGUCCAGAUCAAGGAGAUCAUAGCCACCCCACCAUUCUCUGUGCUAGUCAUACCACCCCAAAGUAUCUCCCUCAUCAGUAGGUACGUAAAUCCAUGGUUAUUAUAGUACACACUUAAAAUAUGUUACACUUAGAAAUGCUAAGAAUUUGAAAUGGUCUAAAGCAAAUAAAUGCAAAACGAAGAAACUCUGAACUUAAUAAUUAAGAUUUAAGUAAGCUGGUCUUUAAAAAUAUGGAAUGCUAGUGCACUGGCUUGAAAUAUAGAGAUAUAAUGCCAUUUCACAUUUUAAUUGCACCUUAAUGAAAUUAUAUAUUUUAUAUAGAUUUAUUUUAGGACUAUUGAAUGUAUUUCUUUACUGUUACUGUUUCUGAAUAAAUAAUUCUAAAAAUGUG